CGACGUGCAGUAGCGUCGGCCGGCUCAGGCGAUGCCGAGUCUCGAGUCCCCUACGGCCAAGGCGGCCCUCGAUUUGAAUUGUUACUCUUUAAUUUAGUCGCUAUCAUGUCUCCGAUUGCUGCGGUGCUCGCGGUGCUCCUGGCCGCGCCGGCCGCCCUAGGCGCGACCGUGGGCCACGGUGACAGGGCCGAGGGCCUGCAGAUCGUCCACGGCGAGGUGGCGGAGCUCGGGGAGUUCCCGCAUCAGGUCAGCCUGGAGAGGCACCAGAGCCUCUUCUUCUGGAGCUGGAACGAGCACUACUGCGGCGGCACGCUGCUCUCGGAGCGCUGGGUGCUGACGGCCGCACACUGCUACCCCGGCGUCGGCCCCAAGGUGUACGUCGUGGUGGGCAUCAACAGCCUGCGCAAGAAGGACAAGGCCCAGGGCCAGUCCGUGCUCGCCGACCUGUUCAUCACCAACGAGAACUACCCCGGCGGCGUGAACCCGUUCGACAUCGCUCUCGUGCGCACCUCGGAGCCCAUCGUGCUGGGCGAGCGCGUCGCCCUCGCCGCCCUUCCACAGCCCGACGUGCUCCCGCAGGGUGACGUGACGCUGUCGGGCUGGGGCUACAUCAGCAACAGCCUGUUCCCCGGCACCAAGGACCUGCACAAGAUGACGGUGCCGGUGCUGGACAUCGCGGCGUGCAACGAGACCGUGCAGGCCUCGCUCGCCUCGUGGGAGCACAACCCGCUCGCCGACACCAAUCUGUGCACCGGCCCGGGCGCCACCAACGACAUCUCCGUCUGCAACGGCGACAGCGGCGGCCCGCUGAUCCAGAAGGACGGCGACGAGGUGACCGUCGUCGGCGUGGUUUCCUGGGCCUUCAUGCCCUGCGGCUCCAAGGGCAAGCCCUCGGUGUACACGAGGGUGUCGGCCUACAUCGACUGGAUCCAGGACAAGAUGGCCGCCAACCAGCCCGCGUCGCCGUUUGGCCGAGACUCAUUAGUGAAGUCCUUGACGGCCUUAUCGCCGGGGCCCUUGAGCGCCUCGGUCCCUCGGUGCAGCAGGCCACAGGCAGCUGGACGGCCUCGAGGGUGUUAUUCAGCAGUCGGCGGCCGAGUCCUCGACGCAGACGUCCUCGCCAUGGCCCCGCUCUCACUGGUCGUCGCCGCGGUGCUGCUGGCGACCGCCGCCCUUGGCGCCAACAUCAACGAUGUCGCCAUCGUCAACGGGGAGGUGGCGGCGCCCGGCGAGUUCCCGCACCAAGUCAGCCUGCAGAGGCAGCAGCAGCUGCUGUUCUGGAGCUGGGCCGAGCACUUCUGCGGCGGCACCCUCAUCGCGGACCGCUGGGUGCUGACGGCCGCGCACUGCUACCAGGGCGCCAUCUCGCGCCCCGUGCUGGUCGUGGCGGGCGUCAACAGCCUGCGGAAGAAGGACAAGGCCGCCGGCCAGACCGUGGCCUCCGACCUGUUCCUGGUGCACGAGAAGUACGCCGGCGAGGUGCAGCCCUUCGACAUCGCGCUCAUCCGGACCGCCCAGCCCUUCGUCCUCGGGGAGCUCGUCGCCCUGGCGAGCCUGCCGGUCAGCGGCGACAUCCCGCACGACGAGGCCACGCUGUCGGGCUGGGGCUACAUCAGCAACGGCGUGUUCCCCGACACCAAGGACCUGCACAAGAUGACGGUGCCGCUGGUGGACGUGGUGACGUGCAACGAGACCGUCAAGGCUACCCUGCCCUCCUGGCAGACCAGCACGCUCCAGGACACCAACCUGUGCACUGGCGCCGGCCCCAAGGGCAUCACGGCGGCCUGCUCGGGCGACAGCGGCGGCCCGCUGAUCCAGAAGGACGGCGACGAGGUGACCGUCAUCGGCGUGGUGUCCUGGGGCUUCCAGCCCUGCGGAUCCAAGGGCAAGCCCUCCGUGUACACCAGGGUCUCGGCCUACAUCGACUGGAUCCAGGACAAGAUAGCCGCCAACCAGCCUUAGGGCCCUACGGUACCUCGAACCGUGAAGAAAGUGAAGGCUUUAAUAAACAGCGUCCAAGGAA